CACGUUGGAUAGUGGGAGCGCAGUCGCACACUGUCCACCGCCUGGUGUGCAACACAGACCAAACCAGUCCAGGAAUCUUUUGUAGACAAGAAAUUUACCACUGCACCUAAUUUGCUCAUCGCAUCUCUUCCUUCCCACGUUUUGCCAAGGCAUCAUCAUUGAGGAAACCCAAAGGACCAUUGCCACUGUUGCAUUUUGGGAGUCAACUUGGGCGGAGGGCCGUGCCGCUGCAUUUUAAGUGAACGUUCCUCUUUUCGCCCGCUGGAGAUUCUGCGCAAAGCGGCAGCGACAUGACAGCCGAGAAGAGCGGGCCGGUUAUAAACGGUAAACCGGAGGAUGGCAGGGACACGGAUGACUCCAGUUCCAGCCUGGACAACAGGGAGUAUUACGAGAGAGGCCAUUGGAACAACAAGAUGGAGUUUGUCCUGUCUGUGGCGGGAGAAAUUAUCGGGCUGGGCAACGUCUGGAGGUUUCCUUACCUCUGCUACAAGAAUGGAGGAGGUGCCUUCUUCGUUCCAUACGUCAUCUUCUUCAUAUGCUGCGGUAUCCCCGUGUUUUUCCUGGAGACCGCCCUUGGUCAGUUCACCAGCGAAGGAGGAAUCACAUGCUGGAGAAAAGUCUGCCCCCUGUUUGAGGGCAUUGGCUAUGCAACCCAGGUGAUUGAAGCUCACCUAAACGUCUACUAUGUAGUCAUCCUCGCCUGGGCUAUCUUCUACCUCUUCAACUGCUUCACCACUGAGCUUCCGUGGGCUAGUUGUGGCCACUACUGGAAUACUGAGAACUGUGUCGACUACUAUGGAGAAAAUGCCACCAACAUUACUAGCGCCAACGCAACCUCUCCUGUUAUUGAAUUCUGGGAACGGAGAGUCCUGAAGAUAUCUGAUGGCAUCGAGCACAUGGGGGGGAUGCGCUGGGAGCUGGCCAUGUGCCUGGCACUGGCCUGGUUUAUCUGCUACUUCUGCAUCUGGAAGGGACCCAAGUCCACUGGCAAGGUUGUGUAUGUGACGGCCACAUUUCCUUACUUCAUGUUGCUGAUUCUGCUGAUCAGAGGAGUAACGCUGCCGGGAGCGUAUGACGGCAUCAAGUUUUACCUCUAUCCAGAUAUCUCUCGUCUGUCCGAUCCUCAGGUAUGGGUGGAUGCUGGAACACAGAUCUUCUUCUCCUACGCUAUCUGCUUAGGCUGCCUUACUGCUCUUGGUAGCUAUAACGCCUACAACAAUAACUGCUACAGGGACUGCAUCAUGCUGUGCUGUCUGAACAGCGGCACCAGUUUUGUAGCAGGUUUUGCUAUUUUCUCCGUGCUGGGAUUCAUGGCCUACGAACAAAAUGUUCCCAUCGAGGCCGUGGCAGAAUCUGGUCCUGGUCUUGCCUUCAUUGCAUACCCAAAAGCUGUGACCAUGAUGCCGCUGUCUCCACUUUGGGCCUGUCUCUUCUUCAUGAUGCUCAUCUUUCUCGGACUGGACAGUCAGUUUGUGUGCGUGGAAAGCCUGGUGACAGCUGUGGUGGACAUGUACCCAGAGACAUUCAGGAGAGGCUAUCGCAGAGAACUGCUGAUUCUCGGCAUGUCUAUAGCAUCUUUCCUCAUAGGACUUAUCAUGUGUACAGAGGGAGGGAUGUACGUCUUCCAGCUGUUUGACUCCUACGCCGCCAGCGGCAUGUGUUUGCUUUUUGUGGCCAUCUUUGAGUCCAUAUGUAUCGGAUGGGUGUAUGGCAGCGACAGAUUCUACCGAAACAUCGAGGACAUGAUUGGCUACAGGCCUGUCUUCUUCAUCAAAUGGUGCUGGAUGAUCUUGACCCCAGGCAUCUGUGCUGGUAUUUUCCUGUUCUUCUUGAUCAAAUACAAACCGCUCAAGUACAACAACGUGUACGUCUAUCCCGACUGGGGAAAUGGCAUCGGCUGGUUCAUGGCCAUGUCCUCCAUGGUGUGCAUCCCUCUGGGGAUCAUCUGGAUGAUCUGGAAGACUCCUGGAACCUUCUCUGAGAGAAUGAAGAAGUUGACGACGCCCAGCCCGGACCUGAAAAUGCGUGGGAACCUUGCCGCUCUCAGCCCGUAUGCUGCCAAUGACGCCAUGCUAAAGGCUGACGGGAAAAUUUCUACCGUCUCAGAGAAGGAAACACACUUCUAACUGACUUUCUGGCCUCAAUUAAGUCCAACUCUUCAACAAAAAAAAUGACAGCACAAGUCAGCUGUCAUUUCAUAAAUAUGAAACAAAUCAAAGGCUUGUUUUGGUUUUGUAAAAAAAGAAAAAAGAAAAAUGAAUCACCAGAUAAUCUGCUUUUGUUUUGCACAAAUUUUGAUAACACAUUCGUUGGGUUCUUUUAACCUUGUCACUAAAGCAGACACUUUCUUUGCUAACGGUUUAAUAGUUAAAAGUUGAUUUUGAUGACGUACGUUUAUAUUGCCAUUAGCUGGCCACGUUAGUGUCUGUGCCUUGUUGUAGACAAAUCAGGUAGGCAAGCAGAUCAGGUAGGGCAGAUCGGGUAGGGCAGAUUGGGUAGGGGUGCAAAUCGGGUAGGGCAGAUUGGGUAGAAGUGCAAAUUGGGUAGGCAAGCAGAUCAGGUAGGGCAGAUCGGGGAGGGGUGCAAAUUGGAUAGGGGUGCAAAUUGGGUAGGCAAGCAGAUCGGGUAGGGGCAGAUCGGGUAGGGGUGCAAAUCGGGUAGGCAAGCAGAUCGGGUAGGGCAGAUCGGGUAGGGGUGCAAAUCGGGUAGGCAAGCAGAUCGGGUAGGGGUGCUGACAGUGUACACAUCUUGUGCCCAAAUGUCUAAAAUGUAGCAGCUUUGGAUCCAUGUGGUGUGCGAUAGAGGAUACUGUCACGUGUCUUAGAGUACUUAGAGACUAUAGGAGGGCACCGACAGCAGUAAAAGAAAUCACUUAUGAAGACAUGCCACUGUAUAUUGCUAAAAUCUUAUUUUAAUGUUGUCUAAUUUCUAGUCAAAACUUUUUUGAAUGAGGCACAAUAACCAAAACAUCUCCAACAAGACAAAUGCAUGAUUUCAUAGAUGAAAAAAAUUGAUUCGAAAGCAUCAGUUGGAUCUUCCGGUGGCUAACCUUAAUAAAAUAUGACAAAAUAAAAUAAAUAUGUGCCGAAAAGAUUUAUUUUAGGAUAAACAGUUCAGUUUAAAUAUGCUAAUAAUGUUCAUUAAAUAAUCAAGUUUUGACUGGAUAUUAGACUAACAGACUUUUACGGUUGACGGACCGCAUUCAAUUUGUUGAUGUUGCAUAGCAACAACAGCAAAAGACAAAAAAAAUCACGUUAUCCGAUUUGACAGUAAAAAGUGCUGGGGGUAUUGAUUGUUGGCCUGUAUUGGGUUCUCUGGGGCUUAUGUGAUUUUUCCCUUUUCUGAUGGGGGAGCUUCACACUGACACCGAUGGGUAAAUCAAAAUUGGUUUAAAGCCUCGGAAAAUCUUCACAUAGCUGUGAGCGACCGGCAGGCUGAGCCUUAAGAAGGAGGGGAAAAAAAGAACAAAACACCUCUCUCUCUCUCUCUCUUUCUCUCUGCCCUCCUUUACAUCCGCAUGUGUGUCAUUUCACGGCAAUUAUGCUGAGCCUUUCACCCAGAGUGACUGACAGACAGAUGGGCUUCCGCCUUUGCACUCUCAUUCCCCACGUCGUCUUGAAAGGAGGACAUGUCACACAUCACAUCAACGUCGCAAGGCGCUUACCUACCUACCACUUUCUCAUUUCUAACCUUUUUCACUUCAGACCCCUUGCUAAAAUAGCUGUAACAGAGUCAGAACAAAAUAGGAAACCUUUUCCAUGGGUGAUGGCCGCUGGUUGGGCUACUUUGGCUGCUAAAUGCUUGGUUAGUUCGACAACUGUAAACAAGUCAACACAUUCAGCAGAUACGCCAAUCUUUUAGUACGAUUGUUUAGGAUACAUGUUACACAUUGUCAGGUUGAGCGGAUCUCUUUGGGAAAAAUUUCUCCCACUUUUUUAGCUGACAAGAAAUUUUGACCUUGAAUUGACAGCAUCCUUCGCCAUUGGCUUCCAAUCCCCGUCCAUUGUCUCGGUCAGUCGUUAUUUUAGCAAAGACACAUUUUACAUGAGAAAAAUGCCACAGCACACAACCACAGCACAAAAAAAUGUCAUACACAAAAAUAAUGAUAAACUCAACUCAGUUCAUACAUUUCAGGCAAAUGAGCUGGCCUCAUUGUUACUCAAUCGCAGCAUUGCCCAACCAGUGCUCAUUCACCCUCUCAUGCUCACUUAUUUCCCGUUUGCUCAUUUCUUUGUCCUUCUGUGCUUGAUGGAAAUGCAACCGUAGAAGGGGAUGGAACUGCAGUUUCUCCAGGAGGAGGCAAAAAAAGCUAACAAAUCGUGUGAGACUUAGUGUGGGAUGACGUAUGUGAUGAAGGCAAAUGGAUGGAAGUUUUUUUUUCUUAACGUGGUGGAGGCCCCUCCUGCCCAAGCUGUGAUGUUCUUCUUCUUCAUCCACCCCACCUCCCUUCUCAUUCACGUAUUAGCCACGUACGUCAUUUAACACUGACUACAUCCAUGUCCAAUUGUUUACUUUUUAAGAAACAUGUGCUGUGUAUCUCCAGAUGAAAGCACUGUCGAUUAAAAGGUACUUUUGAUAUGCAGCUCAAAAAGCUCUUUGUCAAUAUAGAACUAUAAUGGGGAAAAAAAGUGUUCUGUUAAGUUCUACACACAUUUUGGUGUUCACGGGACACACAAACUGUCUGCUUACUCAUUUUUAAGAAUAAAUAUUCUGAUGGGAGUGCA